UUCACCUAACAAUCCCCCCCUCCUUCCUCCCUCACAUCUUCUCUCUAUUGACUGGCUCUCCUGCAUCAUACUGGAGACCCCGUUGAGAGGAUCUUUUCUCUCUAUAAAGAGAAGAUGCAGCUCAGGCGCUUUUGAGAUGAUCGCAAGGAUUUACUGCGCGCCUCUCUACGUCUAACUUCAGAUCCUCGGCUUCAACACUAAAUGUUCUGGACUGCUAGCACACUAAAAAUAUUUACCUAGUGGACUGAGGGACAUUUGAAUGACGCGGGAUUUCCCUGUCUGCGCUGCCAAAGUGUCGGAGUCAUCCAAGAGCCGAAUGUGAGAGCAUCUUUUUCUUCUGCGCUCAGAGCUGUAGUUUAGACUUUGUGCGUCGUCGCCUCUCGGCGCAGUUUGUGUUGCAGGUGCGUGGAGAAGGAGCACAAAUACAGAUGGCUGCGCUGACGAUACAAAGGACUGACAACUUUUUGCACACCUUUUUACAGGACCGGACGCCCAGUUCCUCUCCAGAGGGAGCACCUAACACCCUCUCCUUCCUGGCCACCACCUGUAGCCAGGCCUGGCAGGUGGGAGGCUCAACGGGCUCAGACAGCUCCCAGUUCCCCUACGAGAGCACCGUCAGCUCCACAUCUGGAAUGUUUCAGCUCUGGAGCAACGAGAUGGCACCCAGCACAGCCCUCAGCACACACCAGAUGACCUUCACAGUGCCCAAGGUGCAGUUCCCUGGACACAUGCAGUCUGGCCUGGGUCACCAUCAUCAUCACCCCCAUCAUCACCACCAUGAGCUGCCUCUCACCCCUCCAGCUGAACCUCCCUCAUCCUACUCCUUCGAACUCUCCCCUGUCAAAGUUCUAUCCUCGCAGCCACAGGCAAACAGCACCUAUUAUCCUCAGCACAACAGUGUGGGACAAAACUUCCCCAGCUUCCUCCAGAACUCCUCAGCCAGGCAUCAUCUGCCUGGAGGCCAUGUGGAGGAAGGGCAGCAAUGGUGGAGCCUACCCCAAACCAACGCCACCCCCUCCAACCAUCCCUUCUCCCUGGGCAGACAGCUGGUUUUGGGCCACCAGCCACAAAUAGCUGCUCUUCUCCAGGGGACGUCCAAAGGCCUGUUGAGCUCCACGCGCCGCUGCCGACGCUGCAAGUGCCCCAACUGCCAGGCUAACGGCGGAGGUUUAGAGUUCGGAAAGAAGAGACUGCACAUCUGCCACAUCCCAGAGUGUGGCAAAGUGUACAAGAAGACCUCUCACCUCAAGGCCCAUCUGCGCUGGCAUGCCGGGGAGAGGCCCUUCAUCUGUAACUGGCUUUUCUGCGGUAAAAGCUUCACCCGUUCAGAUGAGCUACAGAGGCACCUCCGCACACACACCGGGGAGAAACGCUUUGGGUGCCAGCAGUGCGGCAAGAGAUUCAUGAGGAGUGACCACCUUUCCAAACACGUCAAGACCCACCAGACCAGGAAGAGCCGGUCUGGGCAGCCUUCACAGAGCACGGACCCUCUGCUCACCAACAUCAAGAGAGAGUAAUCUCUGUGGUCCAUCAUUCAAAAAUAAUAAUCAGCAACGAACAGACCAGGUGACUUUACACUUACUGCCAUAGGUUUGCACUAGAGGGUAAGCAUCAAGCUCCCCUAACAUCCUUUGUUGUCAAAGCCCUACUUCAAGUAGUAUGAUGAAAAUAUAUCUAGAGACCAUUUUGAGACGAGGCACCUUUAAAGAAAACUUGAAGCCUUUUUUCAGUGAUUCUGUGAGAGUUUUGCUGCAUUCAGUGUACUGUUCAAGAUGCCACACAGACAGAUUUAACCCGGAACAAAACUGAUCUUAUGCCUUUAACAAUUCAACAUUUGUUUAAAUUUCAACUGAUGUGAAAAAUCCAUUUUUUUUUCAGAGGUCAUGAUGUAAAUAUUUUAUCCAUGUGAAGGACGUGGAUGCAAAAUUCCACAAGGUUUACCUUAAUAUGUUAUAUAUUAUAAUUCUCAAAAUAAUAAUGUAUGCCUUACUGCAGCUGAAGGUUGCUGUGUAAAAAUUCUAAUUUUUGCUCUCUGGAAAACAGGUUCACAAAGGAAAAAUGCCAGUUAAUAAUUUGAUUUUUAUUCCAAAACAUAUCCUAAUUUGUCUGCUUCAAGGUAGGGAUCUUUUUUGAAAUGUAAACAUGAAAGUCUUUGAUCUACAGAUUUAUCUCGUCUGCUUUUAAGCAGCAAUGUCAAGUACCAUUUCUUCAGAUUAGCAAACAUUUUAAAUUUUUAAGUUCUUUGUAAAUUAUGUAUAAAUAUCAUGAACAAUUUUAUUGGGGUUAUGGCCGCAUGUAAAUUUUAAUAAACAUUGUCCUUGCUGAAACAAUU